GGGCGUGACGUCGGCCGCGCACCGCGAGCCGCGAGCCGCGUCACUCGACAGUACGAUGCGGCGGACGGACGCGCCGCGCGUUCCAAAUUCAAAUUUAAAAACGAUUACUUUUUAAAAAGUGCCAGUGUCAGUGAUGGCGUCCGAAACGGAACAGAGUAAGAAAAAGGCGCCAAAACCGUUUUCAAUAGAAUCUUUAAUAGGAGAUAGGAAGUCACCGGAUAUCGACAUAGAGAACAAUAUAUCGGAGAGUCCUAGGAACUCGGAAGACGAGGAGUCCGAGAGGCGAGACUACGGAAUGAGAUGUUAUUUCAACUCGCCACUGUUGCAACAGAGUGUGAAUUUCCCGUUUCUGUUGGGUUACCCCGAGCCAUGGCUGACGAGGAUGCUGGGAGCUGGACCACAGCAGGCCGAGGAGAGGAGAGACAAGAGAGAGAGUCCCGUCAGUGUUGGAAGUGAAAUUGACAGUGACUGCGCCGAAGAUAACACACAAGGCAACGACUCCGACGGGGAGCAGGAAGAAUCAGACGCACCUCCGAGCAAGGCUCGCAGAAGACGGACAGCCUUCACAUCAGAACAACUCCUCGAGCUGGAGAGAGAGUUCCACGCCAAGAAAUACCUCAGUCUGACGGAGAGGUCGCAGAUAGCCGCCGCGCUCAAACUGAGCGAGGUGCAGGUCAAAAUCUGGUUCCAGAACCGUCGCGCUAAAUGGAAGCGAGUGAAAGCUGGUCUGGCCUCAGGCAGCCACGUGAAGAGCUCCGGCACCAAGAUAGUUGUGCCCAUACCGGUACACGUGAACAGAUUCGCUGUCAGGACCCAGCAUCAUCAGAUGGAGAAGAAUCAAUACCGGCUGGACAGAACCCUGCCAGGGUUGCUACAAUCACAGAGUUCCGCGUUCCUCUCCGCAACCAAAAACGAUAACCGCCCAGACAUAACUCGCAACCCUAUCUACGACGCUCUUAAUCCUAUAGUCAGUCUGCGAUACAACCAAAAUGGCCGACACAGUUAGCUCCGAUCUAGUUUUGUAAAUAUAUGUAAGGAAAUGCCUAUAAUAAUGUAUAAUAAAUUUAUAAUUAAAUUGUGUGAUGUCGA